AGCAGAUAAGCCGGAAGUGUUGGUCGAUUCAGUGAAGUCGGUCGCGUGGGCCACUUAUCACCGUUGCACCCAGCCAGCAGGAGGCCAUCCCUGUCUCUUAUCUACGGUCGUAUUACCAUCCCUGUCCAACCCCUGGCCAGAGAGUGGCUACUGACUGGUAUUUAACCCCUCUCGCGGUCGCAAGGGUGAGAACAACCAGACCAGAAACGACGACAAGAUGUCGGUACUUGCGACCCUGCACCGGCGCCUGCUGGUGAAAAGCGUCGAUCAGGAUGGAAACGAGCGACUCGUGGAGACCCUCGACAAUGACUCAAUCCGACCCACCCGCGCCAAAGACCGGACAUGGACGCAGUUCACAUACGUGAUGUUCUGGUUCUCGGCGGUGGCCAACGUCAGCAACCUCUACGCGGCCUCCACGGGCAUGACCAUGGGGUUGACCAUGUGGGAGAGUAUCGCGUGCAGCUUCGGCGGGCAGUUCAUGGCGGGAUGCCUCAUGGCGAUCAACGGCCGCGCCGGGGCCAUGUAUCGCAUCCCGUAUCCGGUGCUGUGUCGGUCGAGUUUUGGCGUCUGGGGCGCGCUGUGGCCGACCUUUAAUCGGGCAGUCAUGUCCAUCGUGUGGAACGGAGUGAAUAUGACGCAGGGUGCGCAGUGUCUCUAUGUGUUUCUCCACGCCAUCUUCCCCUCAAUCGCGCACAUUCCCGACACAAUGGGCCCGAAGUCGGCUCUGACCUCUGCGCAGAUGAUCUGCUUUGUGGUGUAUUGGCUGAUCAACUGCGCCUUCCUGGUUGUACCGGUUCCGAAGAUGAAGAUGCUGGUCUACAUCAAAGUGGUCGUGUAUUAUGCCGGCGCGUUAGCGAUGCUGGCGUGGGUUGUUUCCCUGGCAGGUGGAUCGCCCGCAGCCCUUCGGGCGUCCUCGUCCGUGCACGGACAGGAGAAGAGCUGGCUGAUCUGCAAGUUUCUGUGGCUGGGACUGGCCAGCUGCGGGACUUUCAUCUCGAACGCAGCGGAUCUGCAGCGAUACGCACGUAAACCCAGCGAUGUGAUUCUAGGGCAGAUCAUCAGCUUCCCGGUCUCGGGACUGCUGGUGGCCGUCAUCGGCAAUGUGAUCGCAGGGUCGAGCGAGAGCAUAUUCGGCGAGCUCAUCUGGAACCCGCUGACCUUCCUGGACAAACUCAUGGACGGCGACCGCUACACCCACGGCAACCGCACCGCCUGCGCCUUCAUCUCGUUGUGCUUCAUCUACUCGACCGUCUUCUCCGCCAUCUUCGAGAACUCGAUCCCAGCAGGCAACGACAUCGCCGCCCUAUGGCCGCGCUACAUCACCGUGAAACGCGGCUUCUUCAUCUGCGCCAUCCUCUCCUUCGCAAUCUGCCCCUGGUACCUCCUCGCCACGGCCUCAAUCUUCAUCACCUUCCUCUCCUCCUACCAGAUCUUCCUGUCCGCGAUCGCCGGAAUCCUGAUCUGUGAUUACUACCUCAUCCGCCGGGGCCAUCUGCACGUCCCCGCCCUGUACACGGCUGACCCGGCGGGCGUUUACUACUAUCUGUACGGGAUCAACCCGCGCGGCUUCGGGGCGUAUCUCAUUGCCGUGGCGCCGAACUUCUACGGGUUCCUGUCGCAGAUGGGCGUGCGGGCGCCGCUGGGCAUCGAGCGGUUUUACUUCGUGGCGUACCCGGUCGGAUUGUUGGUGGCGUUUGCGGUGUUUGCGGGGUUGUGUGGAAUGUGGUGGCCGCGGGGGGUGGAUCGCGGGCGGAAGGGGUGGUUGGAGCCGCGCGAUUAUUGGGAUGAGUUUGAUGAGGUGGCGGUGCAGCAGGGGGUUGGGGUCGGGGUCGGGGUUGGGGAUGUUGAGGUGGUGAGGGAGGUUGCGGGCGGGGUUAAGGGGGAGAAGGUUUAG